UGAGCCUCCCUCCCAAAAUUGCCCAUUUGGCUUAUUGGCUAGUAGGAAGCGAAAUACGAGAGCAGCAGAGUUAACUCCAGUCUUCCGACCAAAACAACAAAAUAAAAAACCUCUCUUCUCUCUAGUGAAAUUAAAAAAUUAACAAAAAACGAAAACCUGACUUUGCAAUCCGAUCAAUGCAUGGAAGAAGAGAAUUCCAAGAAGAGACCGCUGGACCUUGACUGGAACGUGAUAUUAGACUCUAACGACGACGAACCGCCGUCGAUACUGAUCGUUAAAGGUGAUAAGCAGCAUCCAAAACCCUCGCAGAUGAGCUCCGAUCACUUGCUUAGGGAGGAUUGUGCGUCCCUGACGGAUCGCGAGCUCGAGGCCGCAAUUAAGAGGUAUAAUGUCAAUAUUGCAAACCUUGGCCCAGUUUUGCCUGACAAAGGAGAGAAGCUUCGAGCAUUGCUUAAAGGAUAUGAGGAUGAGCACCGGCGGAGAAACCUUGGACGUCUCGGAAUGGAAGUUGAUUUAUGUGAGAAGCCCACUCAGUUAAUAAGUUCAGGUGGCUUUAAACAACAGAAUGCAUCAUCUGAAGUUCAUUCACGAUCUGAAUUUGCCUCUAUUUUUAAUAGAAAGAUGGAAGAGAAAACAGAUAACAGGGUAGUCAAAGCAUUUGAUAAAGAAUUGUCAUAUUUGGGUAGAUGCAACUGCCCGAAAAUGAGAAGUAAUGGAGCCUUGUCACAAAGGAGGAGACAGCAAGGUCAUUCAUUAUCACAAAAUUCACCUUGUCAACCAGCUAGGAGCCUUUCACAUAAUGGAAAUAAACAUGUUACAUCCAACAGUGAUCAAAUGGGCAGAGCUUCAUCUUCUCCCUUCUACCACAAUGGGGAAAACUUUUCCAGCAAUUUUCCCAAGAAAAAGGAUACUUGUCAAGUCAAUGGCUCAAGGCCUACGAAGGGGCAGACAGUUGUUCUUGUAGAGGAGGAUGAAAUUCAACCUGUGGAGACAAUAGAGCCAGAAAUCAAACUAACGGAAUGCAUGAAGGGUGCUAAGAUAUACUACCCAUCGAGGGAUGAUCCAGAAUCUGUGGAAAUUUGUUACUCGGAUAUAAACUGCCUAGCCCCUGAAGGUUUUUUGACAUCACCUAUUAUGAACUUUUACAUCAGGUAUUUACGGCUGCAAAUAUCUCCAACAAACAAAUCUACAUGUGACUAUCACUUUUUCAAUACUUUCUUCUAUAAAAAGCUCAAACAGGCUGUGUCCCAUAAGGGGAGCGACAAAGGAUCAUUUUUUGUGAAGUUCAGAAGGUGGUGGAAGGGUGUCAAUAUAUUUCAGAAGGCAUAUGUCUUCAUUCCCAUACAUGAAGAUCUACAUUGGAGCUUGGUGAUUGUUUCUAUCCCAGACAGGGAAGAUGAAUCGGGACCGAUUAUACUUCAUUUGGAUUCUUUGGGACUUCACUCUAGCAAAUCAGUUUUUGAAGACAUUAGAAGCUAUUUGAUAGAAGAAUGGAACUACAUGAAUCAAGAGGUUUCUCCUUCAGAUCUACCAAUUGCAGACCAUAUAUGGAAAAAACUCCCUUGCAAAAUUGAUGAGAAAAAAAUUGAGGUACCCCAACAGAAAAAUGACUAUGAUUGUGGUCUCUUUGUACUGUUCUUCAUGGAGCGGUUUAUUGAAGAGGCUCCUGAGAGAUUGAAAAAGAAAGAUUUAGCAAUGUUUGGCAAGCGGUGGUUCAGGCCUGAAGAGGCAUCUGGUUUGAGAGUGAAAAUCCGUAAAUUACUUAUCAAUGAAUUUCAAAAUGCCAAAGUAUCUUCUCCUUUGUCUUCAGAUUGUGCUUCACCCUGAAUCUGAUCCAAGCUUCUACUAUACUGGUUCUCUGAUUGGGUUCAGUGUACAUCUAUGUAUAGCUCGCAUUUGAAUGCAAAAUCAGACCGUGAAAGAAUGGUGAAAUGACACUUGUAUAGCCUCAGAAAUUGGUUCAGAUGCUAUUGGAGGUAGGGAAGAAGUGAAUACACAAUUGCCUGGACAUGAAAGUAGCUCUGGUGACCAAUUUUGGUAAGAAGUCCAUUUUAAUUCCUUGUCCAAAAUCCAAAUGUACAGGAGGGAAUUGGAAUAUUGCUGAUUACUAAUGAUUGUGGAAGUUAAAAGACAUUAUCCACCAGGUACCGUUUAUUCUUUUUCUACCUUUCUAGGCAUGGAAGUAGUUUCAUCAGCAUAAUGGACAAUUGACAUUUGUUCGACUAAGCUCUAUGGAAAUACUAGCAACAGUCGGUUUUUCAUUGAAGAGUAUUUAUUAUAUUAAUUGUUAAUUAUUAUACUCUUUAACUAAUAGAGUGUCAGACUGUUGCUACAUUUUUCUUUCUGCCAAAGUUAAUAAGAGUGAAACUGAGCUUGAUCA